AAAAUAAAAAAGGGCAUUCAUAAAAACCUGUCAUCUCACUCCACCAUCCUCUAUAAAACACCCAAACCCAACCAUCCACAUUCCUUAAUAAGAACCCCCCACUCAACACACCACCAACACUAAACACACAAGCGCGCUCCUCUCUUUCCAAUGGACAAACCCAUAGCAGAGACAUGGCGACCGGAACCGGCCCAUUUCCGGCCACCGGAAACACCACGUGAGCCCAUGGAGUUUCUUUCACGUUCAUGGAGCUUGUCAGCGUUGGAGGUAUCAAAAGCCCUGGCUCCACCACAGAUGGUUUUCUCAAGCAAGACCAACCCAUGUGGUGCUGGUGGUAUGAUACAGGAGGAUAUUAUUGGAGAGUUAGAAGAGAGUGGUGCUACUGUUUCUGGAAACCCGUUUUCUUUUGCUUCCUCUGAGACUUCCCAGAUGGUCUUGGAAAGAAUCAUGUCACAGUCGGAGGUAUCUCCACGCACUUCAGGCAGACUCUCCCAUAGCAGUGGACCUCUCAAUGGUUCCUUAACGGACAGCCCUCCUGUUUCCCCUUCUGAAAUGGAUGAUGUCAAGUAUUCUCGAUCCAACAACCCUCACAACACACAAUUCCGUGCACCUGCGGUAACUCCUGGUGGCAAUGCCAUCACAGCCGCCGCCACGGGUGGUGGUGGUGGUGGUAAGACUGUUGGUAGGUGGUUGAAGGACAGGAGGGAGAAGAAAAAGGAGGAGACUCGAGCCCAUAAUGCGCAGCUUCAUGCUGCGAUAUCUGUGGCAGGGGUUGCUGCUGCCAUUGCUGCAAUUGCGGCUGCAACAGCUGCCUCUUCGGGGGCUGGGAAAGAUGAGCAAAUGGCAAAGACUGACAUGGCGGUGGCAUCAGCUGCAACAUUGGUGGCUGCACAAUGCGUGGAGGCAGCAGAGGCCAUGGGGGCAGAGCGUGAGCACCUUGCAUCUGUUGUGAACUCUGCCGUGAAUGUGCGUUCUGCUGGUGAUAUCAUGACAUUAACUGCUGCUGCUGCAACAGCGUUACGUGGUGCAGCAACAUUGAAGGCGAGAGCAUUAAAGGAAGUCUGGAAUAUUGCAGCGGUCAUUCCCGUGGACAAAGGAUUAGCUGUAGCUGGUGGAAAUGGCAGUAAUGGUAGUUCUAAUGGUAGUUUCAGUGGUGAACUGGUGCCUGAAGAAAAUUUCUUAGGCAUAUGCAGCAGGGAAUUGCUUGCCAGAGGCUGUGAGCUACUCAAGCGCACUCGCAAAGGUGACCUUCACUGGAAGAUAGUUUCUGUUUAUGUCAACCGAAUGAAUCAGGUUAUGUUGAAGAUGAAGAGCAAACAUGUAGCUGGGACCAUAACGAAAAAGAAAAAGAAUGUGGUGUUGGCGGUGAUCAAAGAUAUGCCCGCCUGGCCAGGCCGCCACUUGCUAGAGGGUGGUGAGCAUCGACGGUAUUUCGGUUUGAAGACUUUGCAACGGGGUGUUGUCGAAUUCGAGUGCAUGAACCAGAAGGAAUAUGAUCUCUGGACUCAAGGUGUCUCGAGACUUCUCUCCAUAGCAGCAGAAAAGGGCAACAGACAUAGAGUGUGACUUAUCUACUAGGGGGGUUAGGUUUGCAAUGAAGUCGAAAAACUGGGAUUUAGGAUUAUUAUUAUAAUAUAUAUAGACUUGUUAAAGCUUUUUGAGAUUUGGUUGGGUUAUAUUUUUGGUGUUCCUAAAUUGUAAAGAACGAGGAAUUUAAACAUAGCUAGCUUAUCCAUGUGGGUCUCUCUCUCUCUCUCCAGUCCAGGGGGAAUAUAGUUGGGGCCUUUGUUUUUGUAUCUGAACUGGAAAAGGCAAAGUGUUGUGAAUUAAAAGUAAGCAAGAACCAUGUGAUCCAAGCCUGCGUGUGUUUCACCGUCGAGGGAAAUAAAAGGAGAGUCUUGGACUGGGGUGGUCAAAGAGAGGAGUUCGAUAAUGGAAUGGUAAUGGAAGAUAAAGACACGGCUUGAAUCUAUGUGCUUCCUGUCAUGUGGGCUUUGUUUUUGUCUCCCUGAUUUGUUUAAUUAAUGGAGCGCUUGUAUUUUCCUUAUGGCGGAGGCCAUGAUUGUCUUGAUUAGGGCAUCUCCACUUUACCCAAUAAUUUUGUUUGGAUUAAGUUAAUCAAGAGUUUUAACGACGUUUUGAUUAUUGUAA